AUGUCCGGUCCGCCGAACAUUAACAACAACCAACUACCACCCGGUGCUGGUGGAGGAAUACCUGGAGGAGGCGGAGGCAGUGGAAGAGGAUGGAUGCGGACGCCACCACCCACGUACUUCCGUUCGCCUUCACCUUGGGUGCCCCCUGGUUCAGCUCCACCCAGGCAAAAUUCACCCAUUUCGGUACCGCGAUCAACGGACGGUCCACCGACGUCACGUGGACCAACUGAGUUCGUCUAUCAGCAUCCGAGCUCGAGUGCUAGCGUCGGAGCGCCUAGCUAUGCGGCACAACAACAGCAAUCGCAAUCACUAAGCCACCAGUACAGCAGCGAACGAGCAACAUCUUCAACAUCUGUCCGUACGACGACUAAGAAAAUGGGACCAGUUGAGACUCCCUCGCAGGAGUACCAGAUGCAGCGUCCGAUCCCGUCAGCCAUGACUCCGACUCACUUUGCGGCAGGCGCAUCUCACUACCGUCCUGUGUCGCCUGCCGCUGUUGCACCUCAUCCGUAUCCGCAGUACAGCUCGGCCAUGUCCCCGGUUUCUUCCCUUUAUCGGUCUAUGACACCGCACAGCGUCACCAGUGGCUACGGUCCUACGGUCGACUACCAUCCUCUUCCUGCUCAACAGCAGGUGCGUCCGGGGUCGACUCAAAGUUCUGUCUACGGUGGGGCAACCUAUCACUACGGUCCAGCGGCAGGGUCAGGCUACUCUUACACGCCAGUUGGAGGACAAUCUCAGUUCGUAAUUUACGAUUAUGGUGGUGAGGUUGGACCAUCCACGGCGGAUAUCAUAGCCGCCCAAUCGCAGGACUAUGUCGAUGAGAAGCUGGCCGAAUAUCAAGCUACUAUCAUGCUGUUGCAGGAUGAACAGGAACGUGUACAGAAGAAAACUUUCGUUAACUGGAUUAAUUCGUUUUUGAAUAAGCAUAUACCACCAUUGAAGGUCGAAGAUUUGAUUCAUGACCUUAAGGAUGGUACGAAACUGUUGGCCUUAUUGGAGGUGCUCUCCGGUGAGAAGCUCCCAAUGGAGAAGGGUAAAGUUUUACGUCGGCCACAUUUUCUGAGUAACGUUAACACCGCACUGCAGUUUCUCACCAGCAAACGUAUAAAGCUAGUCAACAUCAAUCCGUCUGAUAUCGUGGAUGGGCGACCUGCUGUGGUAUUGGGUUUAAUUUGGACGAUAAUCCUUUACUUCCAAAUUGAAGAGAACAGCCGUAUACUCCAUUAUUUAAACGAAAACAUAAGCGGAUCUUUGAGUUCGCUGGGCAGCAGUAGUUCUGCAUCCAAUAUACCCAGCUUGAGCGCCAGCAAACCGGUAUCUUACAGCGGUACGAAUACACUCGUAGCAGGCAGCAAAGAGAUGUUGAAACAAGGUCCAAAGAAGACGUUGUUGACGUGGGUGAAUAGUGCCUUACCAAAAACAUCUGGUUUGGAAGUGCGAGAUUUUGGAGCAAGCUGGCGCGAUGGCAUUGCGUUUUUGUCGUUGAUCGAUGCGAUCAAAACGAAUGUCAUCAAUAUUGCAGAAAUGAAGAAAUUCAACAACCGAUAUCGUUUGGAUACGGCAUUCAACGUAGCAGAAUCGGAACUGGGCAUUGCUAGACUCUUGGACGCUGAAGAUGUGGACGUCAGUAGUCCGGACGAAAAGAGUAUAAUGACCUAUGUUGCACAGUUUUUGCACAAAUAUCCAGACGUGAAAAAUAUUAAUUCGAAGAGCGACAACGAGCGCGAGCUAUUAGAACUAUUAGAAUGGCUGCGCCAAACUGUUCACUACUACGAUGGAAUGCGUGGAAAAUAUCCCAACAACUAUACCAUGUUCGAGAAUGUGAACGGACAAAAGUUAGAAAAGCAGAACACAUAUAAAAAGGUGAAAAGUAUCAAUGUUGCCAAGAUGACUCCAGAAGUACAAGAGCUGAAUAGUUUGUGGCUACAGCUCGAGCGGCACAUGCAGCAAUGGUUGUGGUAUCUAGACAGCAAUCUACCAGACCAGUUCGGAUCUAUUGGUCGUUGGUUGAGCAACGGCGAGAAUCUUUUGAAUGAUGACGAUAUCCCAAGUAAUAUGAACGAAGAGACUGCUUCAUUAAUUAGUAAAAAACUUGAAGCUCACAAGCAGUUUUUUGCCACGUAUUAUGAGGUACGAGAAACGUUCAUUGGCUUAAAGCUCUCCCCGUUGGCAAACAAUGUUCCGAUGGGACAAUUACAAAAUAUGGAGAAACGAUUGCUGGACAUUGAACCUCAAGCGAGACAGCGACGAAUCAAGCUAAAAUACUUAGAACACAAAUGUUGUCUGAUUGCGUUCCUCAAUUUGCUGGAGAACAAAAUCAAUGGCGUUAAAUACAACAAUGAAGAGAUAGUGAAACAAUCUCUAGAACAUCUGAAAAACUUUGUCACUCGCAAUCAAAUUAUGCAGGAAUUCGAAAAGGCGCUGGUUGAUAUGCGACAGGUAAUCGAAGAAUAUAAGAUCGAUGGAAACAUUACCAAAAAGGAAAUGUACAACAUUGAUGUGUUUUUACAUGAAAUAGAAGAUCGCUGGAAAAAUGUAUCCUCUCGGUUAAUAUGUACGGAAACGAUGCUAGAAGAUGUUCUUUCCCACUGGCAACGAUGGCGUUCGUUAGUGCGUGAAAUAGAGGCAUGGUUAGUGCAGGCCCAUGAUGCGCUGCAAGGUACAGAAGACGAGCGUAUUGAGUUCUUUCAAAACAUAAGCGUGUAUAAAGAAAAGUUUGACGCAUUAACUGACACGUUCAAUAUUCUAAAGUCAACCUGUGACCAGGAGACGUGCGAUGGCUUGGAAAGAAAGUAUACUCAAUUGGCGUCACAUUGGGAACAAGUGUUCCAACAUACCAAGCAGUAUCUGCACGUAGGAGACAUUUUGCAACAUCGACAAAAGUUUAAGGCAGACGCUGCGCAGCUCAAUGAAUGGAUCCAACGUGCAGAACUAGCCCUCGGACGUAAUAAUUUGCGCGAUUCGGUUGAAAUUCAGCGAUGUGAAUCUGAAAUUAAACAGAUAGCCUGUGAGAUAGAAGCUAUGGAAGAACUGUUCAAAUCCGUAAGCCGAAGCUUUCAGGCCCUCAUCAAAGAAUAUUCACGUGACGAAGUGGAUCGCAUGAUGAUCAUGAUGAAAAAGCAAAAAGAAGCUCUAGUGCGUGUGCGGGCGCAAAUACCGAUCAAGUUGCAUCUGUUCCAUCAAUUACUCACUCAACAAGAUGCGCUUGAGACUGGGCAGCGGGAAGUUUCUCAAUGGCUUGAUGAAGCCGAAAAUUUGCUGAUUUCAUACUCAUUCAGCAAUGAUCCGCAACAAACGAAAAACAAUUUAUCGAAACACAAGGCUUUCUUCAAUCGCACACUGUAUUACAAAUCGAUGUUGGAAAGCAAGAACAACGUGUUCCAAAAUCUGCUUAAGCUCACUGAUACGGACAAAAGUAUUGACAUGAGCGAUGCAUCCUCAAAAAUGAAACAACUCAACGAUCGUUUUCAAUAUGUAAUCAAUAAUGCGAACGAUUGGGAGUACAAACUGCAAGAAAACUUACGUGUCUGGGAAAACUUUAACGAGUGCAAGCAAAAGGUAGAAUCGUUCUUGCGCCAGGCAGAAGCGUUCCAGAAAUCGGCCAUUCCGGUAGAGAAGGAAGCUGAUGCUGAGAUUCAAUUGGAGUUUUUCAACUCGGCUGACCAAACAAGCAUUAAUAAACUUGAGCGAUUGACGGAGGAUUUAUUGAAGUAUUUGCCUCCUUCGGAGCAGCAGAUUUUGAUAACUAAAGUAGAGGAUAUUCAAAGUCAGUGGAGUCAUGUGAUUCAACUGAUACCUUUACAUUUGCUGAAGGUCGAGUUCCGGUUGAAUGAAUUGACAUUCAACGGGUGUGCAAACGAUAUUGAGAAGGAACUGAAUGCCGAAGAGCAAGCGUUUAAUUGCAACGAAAAUUUUGAAGGCAUACUACAGAGAAACAUGGAUUACUUCAAAAAGCACGAUCUGCAACGAGUAGAGCAGGUGUUGGGUAAUAUGGAGAAGAUCAAUUACAUCUAUUUGGAGAAGUCAACCAACGAUCAGUCAUUGGCGCCGCUCUAUCAGCGCGCCAAUGAUAGCUGGAUUGCUAUAUGCAAACGAAUCGACAGCGUUCGUAGCAUUCUACAUAAGAUUCCCACACAGUGGGAUGCGUAUCACGCAAAGUUUGAUGAGAUGAACGCGUGGAUGGAUCGAGUGGAUGAAUCCUUACAGCAAAUCAUGGUCGAGAAGCAUACGAUGGAGGAGUUCGAGCAAGAAAAAGCGUCUUUCCAGUUGAAAACGCUAAUGAACAUUUGUUUUGAAGCUGAUGGAAAACGCGAAGAUAUGAAAUGGCUGGUAAAAACAUUGGACUUCUUACUGAGCCAUACCAACGAAGAGCAGGCUUCCGUUGAGCAGGAAAAAAUUGAGAAACUAAUUGCUCGUUAUAAAACUCUCAUACCUACGAUUGAAACUACUAUGACAAAAACGGAGGUUUUUGCAAAAUGUUACACAUAUCGUCGAGAGGCCAAGGAAAUAUGUGACCUUUUGGAUAGCAUUAAAACACAAACCCAAAGCGUUCCUCCUCCGGACAGCUUUAAACGUGUAAAUGAAAUGAUUGAUGAGCAGCAGUAUUCGAUCCAGAAAUUGGAUAGUCAACGUGCGCACAUAAUGAAGCUAUUACAGCGUGGAAAAGAUCUGAGCAAGAACCCCAGUGCACCACAAUUUAUUGGAGGCGAAAUUCAAAAAUUAGAAACAGGAUGGAAUGAUACGUAUAACGAAGCAGCAGACAAGGUUCGGUCAUUGCGAGCUAUUCAAAAAGUUUGGAGUGAUUACAAUGAACAAAAGGGUCAAAUUGUGAACUUGUUAAAUACGGCCGAAAUGGAGCUGCGCUCAGUGACGCCGCUACAAACGGAUCCGAAGAGCGUUACUCAAGAUUUGGAUAUGAAGCGACAGUUAGCAAUAAACUUGAAGCAAGCGUCAUCCAAAACUUUAUUGCAAUUGAACGACUUGUGUCACGACUUGGGCAUUUCCUUGCCACCCACUACACGGCAGGCAAUCGAAAAAGAGGUUACUGAUCUUGGCAAACGCGUUGACAACACGAUUCAAUACGUUGAGAAGCGUGUCGUGUAUUUGGAGGAUUAUAGUGACAAAUGGAACGAAUAUAAACAGCGACUAGACACUCUAAAGAGUUGGGCUAACAACGUGUAUCCAAAGAUGCUAGCCGCUAUUAAACAACCACAGAUAAGCGCUGAAGAUCGUGUACUGAAAACAAAGCAGUUGGAGGGUGUUUUGGUAGAAAAGAUUCGCCAGCUGGACGUUUUGAAUGCUAGUACUGCUGACCUUGCUUCUAAGGAAGGAAAUUUAAGCGAAAUGAAACGAUUGAAAGCUGAAGUAGUCCAUUUGCAAGGUACCUUUACAGAGCUUCAUCGCAUCGUAGAUAGCGAGAAGAUGCUUGUUGGCGAAGAUUUUGAAACCUGGAAGAUUUACAACCGCGAUAUGGACAGCUUGAAGGAGUGGGUUGAACGAGCUAAACUUGCACCGGAAAUGGAGCAGAUACGACCAUCUACUUUGUCCGAAGCAAGAGCAUAUCAGGGUCGUUUGGAAGUGUUCAACGAUCAGUGUGAGGGCAAGAUGGAUGAGCUGCAGAAUGCAGUUAAGAGCGCACAGAACAUAAGGUAUGGUGUGAAACCUACAGAGGAAACAGAACGUUACAAUAGUAUGGUUUCCAGUAUAUACGAGAACGUUCAGCACCUGUUGAAUAAAACAGGAAAAUUGGUGAAUAAUUGGGCGAUACUAGAUGGUGAUUUGGAGAAAUUGAACUCGUUCAUUGUAAGCGCUAGUGCCCGUAUGGAGGAAUUUGGUUCCAUAGCCAGCUCUGCCACUGUUCAGCCGAUUGAUCUCUUGGAAACAAAGAUUAAGUCUCUAAAAUUGUUCAGUAAUGAAAUUUCAGAACAACAAGCCAAGUUGAUUGGCUUAGUACACAUGUUUGAUCAGAUUAAUCAUAGCCUCUCGGAAGAUGGAGUACAAGUAAUACGAGACAAGCUGAAAUUCUUGAAAGACCGUUUGACCAAAUUGAGUGAUGAUGCUCGGGCACGCAUUAAUGCAAAUUAUGAGAGCAUUGUUGAGCAGCAGAAUUUCAAUGCACAGAUGACUGACUUUAGCAACUGGAUGGAUCAGAUUCGGACAAGUAUUAGUGAGCUGGAAAACACGGCAGUAGAUGAGGUAGAACUUGCAGUACAGAAUGUGCAGUAUUUGGUGCAACAGCAUGCUGAUAAACGUGAUACGUUCAACCAAAUAUACGCACAAGUAAAGCAGCAAAGCCUUUCAAAUAAUCCAUUAGAGAAUAAACUACUUAACGAAACAUACAGCUCACUGGCAAGUAACUAUCAAAACCUGGAAUCAAGCUUAAUGCAAAUGAAAGACUUCCUGCAGAAGUGGGUUGAGUUUUUGCAAUGGCAUAAUACUACAAAAGAGCAACUGGCGUAUUUGCGUGACAGGAUAAUUAAAUAUGACGUGGCCACUGAGGAGCAUCUAAGUGAUGCUAACCAGCGUGUCGCUGAAGCAACAGCAGGAAUUGAAAACUGGCGCCGUUUAUCGAUUGCUAUGGAGCAGGAACCGUGCAUUUCGUUCCACGAUAAGUUGCACAGGCCAGUCAGCGCAAUAAAUAUGAUCGCAGAGUUAGACCAACGAUUGGCGAGCAUUGGUUCCCAAGUAGAUGGAAAAAUGAAGGAGGUUGAGGAUACCAAGGACCGAGUCAAAAAAUUCCAACACACGCAAAUAGAAUUAUCCGAUACCCUAAAGGAUAUCGAGGAUAGACUCAAAGCAAUUAUACAGGCAGCUCGGUUGUCCACCUUGGACGAUGGUAUGGAAGAUUUAUCCGUUUUGAAUGAGAAGAUUAGUGACGUUUGUAGUACCAAGGGUCAGAUACAGUACGAAGGUAAUUUGUUGCAGAAACAGGACGUCGUCAAACCAGAAAUUGAGAUCCAAAAAGUGCUAGGUAAACUGGACAAAAAGGUUAUGGAAUUGCAACAAGAAUCCGAUGAAACCCUGCGCGUUUUUUCAUCGACAAGUGAUUUGUAUGGGGACUUUAACAAGUACAACAUGAGUUUUGCUAACGAAGUCAAACAAAUUGAGGCGCUCAACAAUGGUACUGUGCUGAAUUUUGAUAACAAAUCUUCCUUGCAACUCGCACUUGAUCAAUUGAAGAAAGCUUCUGAGACAAUGAUGAAGAAAGUGAAAAAAUGUUCAGAUGUAGUUGUGACAAAGGGCAAUGAGCUAGCAAAACAGUUCCGUAGCUACAACCCACAGGACUGUGAAAACAUUCUGGACAUCAUCAGACACAAUAACGAUAUCUUCAAGGCCAAUCUAGAAUCGUUGAUCGACAACUCAAGUAUUCUGGACCAGAAGAUCGUUCUUUACAAGCAGGCGGAAGAGCUUUUCCAUGAUAUGGAUGGCUGGUUGCAGUUGAAACGCGAUCAGCUAUCACGGGUUUUGGAGAAUCCAGCCGAAAUUGAGAGCAAAAUUGUAGCUUACCGCGCAGAGCUGCCAGUGCAACAGGCUUUCAAAGAAAAUUUGGAUAGCAUAUUGCAAGAGUUUAAGAAAAUGAACGGUGGAACCCUGCCAAGAGAUUUACAACAUAUGUGGGUACAGUUAAAUGAUGGUUUUGCAUCAAUCGGAGAAACUGUUGUCCGGUUGAACGAUCGUGUGUCUGAGUAUACAGCUGAUGAGCGACGACUAAAGUUGUUGAUCAAGAACAUUAUUGAACGCAUUUACAACAUUCGUGAAGAAAUUGCAAAUUGCGACGAUAUGACUUUGGAUAGUGGUAAGCAGCUCGUUCAUCUCACCGAAUGCCGUGAAUUACGACGGAAGCUGAAUUUGGUUGGAGGAGAAAUAACCGAUCUUAAGAAUGAAUUCGUAUCGAUGGAAGCAAAGUACGAUCAAGGUAUUAAGGAAACGUCAACUGUCUCUAAAGAAAUCCAUAAUCUUGAUCAACGCUUUGGGCUGGUGAUGAACAGUUUAAAUGAAGUCGAAACAAAGCUUUUGAAGAGUGUGGAAAAAUCAUUCAGAGACAAAUUGAGUGCAUUGUUAAGAAUGAUAGGUGCACAGAGUGAGAAGCUCAAUUGGUGUGCUCCCGAACCCACCAGCGACAAGUAUCAAUUGGAUGUGAAACGUACAACACUAAACGAUGUGCGCACAAGCAUUGAGGAUUGCGAACGAAUUAUAUGCGAAGUAGAACGAUCACUUCUUGGAUCGGUGUCGGAAUUGUUCACUACGGCAAAGGUGAACCAUUUAGCAGAUGAAACAAAGGAAUUAAAAAAUCAACUCAAUGUGCUAAAGAACGCGUUCAAUGCAACGGAGAAGCAGCUGACCGAUAACAUUGCAUUGUGGCUGAGCUACGAAACGAUCUCCGAGGAAGUUAUUCGCUAUUUGAAAGAUCUAGAGGCACGAAAUCGUAUAGAAACGGUUCUUCUGAUCGAUUUGGCCGGUAUGGAGGAAAAAUCCAACGAAGUAAAGCAAGCACGUGCGAGUCUGGAAGAUUUCAAAUUAAAAAUGGAUCAACUUCAGUCAGUUGGCAAUCAGUUGAACGAGGUGAAUCAAGAAUCCCGCGCGUUAGUGCUUGUGCAUCAUUUACAUAACAAGUAUCAUAUGUUUAGUAAGUACUUUACUCAAUUGACCGAUCGGUUGGAGGAUGUGCGCUUGAAAAAUGUUCAAUUUCAUGAAGCUGUGGAUAACACACGGCAGUGGCUGCGGACUAUGCAAAACAAGAAACAAGCUCAAAAUCUGUGUAAUAACGCUCAAGUACAGGCGCUUUCUGAUCGAGAGUACGAGUCUGCCAAGGAGUUACGGGCAGAUAUUUUGUCAAAGGAAUCUGAAUUGAACGACACCUGUACUUUAGGCGAAAAUCUUUAUGCGGAAGUUAGUGUCGAGUGUCGUGACAGCAUUCGUGAUGAAAUGAAGCAUUUGCGUGAAGAUUAUAACACUUUGUUGGACGAGGUUAGCAAUGGUAUAAAGCGAAUAGAGUCCGAUUUGUUAAAGAAAAAAUCUAUAGAUGAAAGCCACAACCAGUUAAACAACUGGUUAACAGAGCUAUGCGCUAAAAUAACAUCUGGCCUGAGCGACCGUUACGCAACGCUUCCGGAGAAGAAGAGUGCAUUAUAUAGUGGAAAAAACAUGCAGAAAGAUAUAACUGUGCAUGAGGCAAACUUAGAUCAGAUUGAGAAAAAAGUUAUGGCUCUUCCGGACAAAAGUUCACUUGCACAGAUCGAAGAAACACGCCAGAACUUUGGCACCCUUCGAGAAAAUCUAGACCGAAAGGUUGCUCUGCUGGAGCAGUCGAUUAAAUCGCAUGAUCAGUAUAAUGCAAUGCUUGAAAAGUCCCGCGAUGGUUUACUUAAGUUGCAAUCUCAAACUGAAGAUAUGUUUAAUGAUAGUGAUCUGACGAAAGCAAAGCUAGAAGAGUAUCUAAUUCUCAGCGAUGCGGUGCUGGCGGAAGAAGAAUGCGCCUUGGAUGAAAUCAACGAGUGCUACAAACAGUUUGCCGUGGUUAUGGCUCAAACACACGAGAAUGGACAUUCGGAGUUGUUGCGAACGUUCGAAGACAAUAAGCGCCAAUGGACGGCAUUUUUCGAAAAGUGUCGAUCGUUUAAGAAUCGUUCGGCAGACUCUCUGAAACAGUUGGAUGUAUUUAGCGGCCGCCUGGAAAGUGCGUUUGUUUGGCUGACUAGUAAAAAGAACGAAAUUAAGGAUGCCAGUGCAGUGGGUGCGUUGGAUACUAAACAGCAAUGUCUUGAAGGUCUCCAAAAAUUACGGGAUAGUAUUCAAAGCUAUGGUGUGCAAGUAAGCAGUAUAUUGGAAGAAAGUCAUAAAGUAAAAUCAAAAUUCGACGUGAAUGGAAAAGUAGCGCAACUGCAAAAUGAGUAUCGUUUGGUGACGGGACUAUGCGCCGAUGCGAUUGCAAAAGCCGAAUCUACAUUGCACGAUCAAAGUGAUUUCAAUCAGGCAUACGACGAAUUUGAACAAUUGUUGCGUAAAAAUUUCGAAGCGUUGUCAGAAUUUAAAGAGCUAGUUGGCGAUCUGGGUGUGUUGCAGGAACGGCAGCUUCGUUUGAAAGAGAUUGCGUACAAAAGACUCGAUGAUAGCAAUCCGUAUGAAGAUCUAAUCAAUCGUGGUGAAAAAUUGUACUCCUACACAAGUCCCGAUGGCCGAGAUAUGAUUCGCCAAAAACUUGGAGUGAUACGUGAUCUCUGGGACCGAUUUUCUGACGAAUUGAACGAAGUAACUCAGCGAUUGGAUCAGUGCAUUCUCCAAUUUGGAGAGUUCUCGUUACAACAAGAGCAGCUCUCCAAGUGGCUGAAGGAUAUUGAAAAUUCGAUGGAAGUGAAUGCAGAGCUGAAAGCAAAUAUUCAGGAUAAGCGCACCCAGUAUCAAAAUCACAAACUGAUGCACCAAGAGAUUCUCUCCCAGGUUGGUCUGGUAGAUUCAGUCUGUGCCAAGGCUCAACAAUUGCUUUCGAUGACAAAAGAUCAGCAUUUGCAGAGCUGCGUUGUUUCUAUAAAAGAUACAUAUCAGGGAAUCGUCCGAAAAUCGGGCGAGCUGUUGGAAAAUCUGAACGCGUGUGUGAUGGCUCAUCAAACUUAUGCAGGUGCCUGCAGCAAGUUACGUAGCUGGAUAAACGAAGAAAAAGAUAAAGUGUUUUGUUGCGAAGAAACUAGUGGUGAGAAAAAUGAGAUCAAUAAGCGGAUUGAAUGUCUGAAUAACCUUAGGCUAGCAAAACCUAAAGGUGACGAGCUACUGGCUAAUUUGGUACAAUGUUUUGAAGCUAUGAAAGAAAGCACGUCUGCUCCUGGCAAUAUGAUGGUCGAGCGGGAGAUUGGUGAAAUGCGCAACGAUCUGUUAAGUUUGUAUGGACAGAUUGACGAGCUAAUUAACAACCAACGGAAAUCGCUUAGCGGUUGGUCCCAAUUCGAUCAGGACAUGGACGCGUUGACGAAAUGGUGCAGAAUGAUGGAAGGAAUAUUUCGUGAACAGCAGCUUUACGAUUCUCUUGCCCGCAAGCAACAACAGUUGGAAGUGUUUCGUGAAAACCAGGAAACUAUUGGAGAAAAGCAGAGGCAGAUUGAUGAUUUUGUAACAAUGGCUCAAGCGCUCUUUACCAAGACGGGAGUUGAGAAAAUCAAGUUUUACAUCAACCAGUUGAUCAAUCGUUACCAGUUACUUCAAGUUUUAAGCAAGGAGGUUGCAAACCGUGCUCAAAACAUUGUGAAUGAUCAUAAAAAUUACGAAGAAAGAUACGUAGAAAGCGCUGCUCGGUUAGGUGAGCUAGAACAGCAGCUGGAGGUAUUGGGACAAGAAAGAAUAGGUACCGUGAAUCAACCAAACUUGCAGCAGCUGGAAAUUCAAAAAGAGAAGUUCGAAAAUAACUUGUCCGGCCUAGUGACAGCUAGUGAAAAGGUGCUGCCUGAAACGAAUACACAGGGCCGCGAAAAGAUACGCGAGGAAGUUCGUCAGAUAAAGGACCGGUGGGAUCAGAUUAUUACGGGUUUGAACAACGUGAAGAAGCAACUAGACGUUCGUUCCAUUCAAUGGUCUUCGUACCAAGACAUUUUGCAGCAGGUGCUAAACUGGUUAGAUGCAACCGAACGUAAAAUUGAACCAAACGAAACUCAAAACUGGAAUUCAACACAAGAGAUUCGCUCUAAGUUGUUCAAGUACAAGGCUAUUCUUCAAGAAAUCAGUGGUCAUCGGCGCAUAAUUGACUCGUUGAAAGAGAAAGCCGAAUCACUGAUUACGGACGCUCAAAACGGAGAUAUCAACGCGAAAGUUCAGUCGAUAACGGAACGGUAUGAGCUUCUAAAAAAGUCCUGUAGCGAUGUAAUCCGUCGUCUCGAGCAGUCACUAGAACUGUGCAAUAAAUUCAACGAAAUUCAAAAAUCUCUUCUUGAUGAGCAAGACUAUUUAUUCAGUGAACUGAAACUGCUUUCGGAUGUAUCUGGAAAUAAGCGCACUGUACAAGAGAAGGUUCAAAAGAUUGAUGAUCUCCAUCAGUCGAACAGCAAGAUGGAAGAGAAAUUCAAAAAUCUCGCAAAACUCAUCAUAGAUAAUGGAGAUUUGAUAUCGUAUGGUGCAAAAACGGUGAUGGAGCAGGAUCUGUUUAAAAUGAAAACAGAUUUUGAAAAGUUUGUCGCUUCAAUCAGAGACGCUCGAACAGAACUAGAGAAGCGAUUGCAGCUGUGGGAUGAUUACCAGCGCGAUUUAGAUCAGAUCGGUGUGUUUUUGGCUGAAGUAGAAGAUACAAUGAGAGGUUAUAUGCUUAAAAACACAUUAAAUGAAAAGCAAGAACAGCACGAAUAUUAUCAAUCAAUGCUCGGACGUUUGAAGCAAAAUGCUCUUGAAAUUGACAAGCUUGUCGAUAAGUCAUCAGAGCUAUUACAAAGUAGUGGCGAUACGAAAAUUUCGUUCAAUAUGCAACAGCUCAAGUCGCGGGUUCAGUCAGUUGAGGGCACAGUGAAAGAAUUGGCCAAGAAAUGUGAGAAUUCGUAUGUUGAGCAUAAGCAGUACCGAAAGCGCUACGACGAAUGCGAAAAAGAGUUAGACGACAUUCGUGAAGUAUACGACAGCUGCCGUUUGCAAAAUGCUCAAAACAUACAAAAUAUGAAUCAGCAACAUGAUUCUCAAAUGUUGCUAGGCACAAUUCAAACGCUAUUGGCAAAGCAUAAUAUGAUAACAGUGCAAUGUAAUGCAGUUUCAGAUAAUGGGGAGCUCUUAUAUGCUACGACGGCUUCCAAAGGUCAACAAAUGAUUCGUAAUGAACUCCAGGAACUGGCUGCGAAAUGCGAUCGUCUGUUUGAUGAGAUGAACGAAUAUGGUCGUUCCUACGAGAGUCGAUUGGCGAAGCUCUCAGGCUUUAUGGAGAAGGCUGACCAAUUGCAAGAGUGGCUCAAUAACGUAGAGGUGCAGUUGGGAAGCAAUAGUUUGAUACUGAAGCCCACAUUGGAUGAAAAAUGUGCUCAACAGCAGGCUUACUCGGACCUGUUAAAUGAUAUUAAAAACCACAGACCUGAACUGAACAACGUACGUGAUCUUGUUGAAAAUAUGCAGGAAAAGCAUGCCCCAAUUGAACAAAAAAUGGCUGCGUUGACAGGAAAAUAUGAGGAAUAUUUGGAGAAAGCGCAGACCUACGGGGAUCAGUAUGAUCGCAUUGUACAUAAUCACCGGCAGUAUUGCAAGGCCGUAAUGGAAACACAAGAUUUCAUUGACGCGAAUCACAACACAGUUGAAUUAUGGGGAGAAACCGAUCUAGAUCAGGUAUCGUUGAUGACGAACGUCGAUCGCUUGAUGGAGCUAAAGAAAUCUGUAACUGCAGAGCAAAACCGUGUAGAACAAAUUCGAUUGCUCGGAGAGGCAACCAUUCCUGACACGAGCGAUGAAGGUCAAGCAAAUAUACGAUCCCAAAUUGACAUUUCGCAGCAGGAAUGGGAAGGCCUGUUGGCUGCUAUCGACUCCACGAUGGACAACAUUCGUGGAAAGAUGGGCGAAUGGAGUGAUUACGAGAAAAUGCGAACAGAUUGCAUGAAUUGGAUGCGGGAUGUUGACGCAAAGAUUCAUUCAGUUGAUCUUAAAGCCACAUUGAUCGACAAAAAAGCUACCCUGGACUAUUUGAAGAGCUUGCAAGGGGAAGUGAAAGCAAAAGAACUCGAAAUAGAUAAUUUCACAGAGAAAGCACAGCAAUUGUACCGCGGAUAUUUGAGCAGCCGCAAUUCUCAAAUUUCGGAACUGGCGAUUAAGUACCAGCAGACGGGCAGUCGCAUCAAAGAACUUGUUGGUCGUUGGCAGCAGUACGUCAUUCAACAUCAAGAUCUGGAGACGCGUAUUGGUGAACAACGUGAUUGGUUAAAUGGCAUUCGUGAAAAGCUAAACUACUGUGCCGAUUUGUCUAGUACUUCUGAAAAGGAACUGCAAAGCAAAUUGAAAUUGGUGCAAGAUAUGAUUGUGAAUAAAGAAGAUGGUUCAGGGCGGCUGCAGACGAUUGUGGACCUUGCCCAACAGGUGUUGGCGUGUACGACACCUUUGGGACACGAGGCGGUAAAUAAAGCUGUUGCUACACUACAAGAAGAAUGGUCUUCACUAACAUUACGCAUGAUCGAUGUACGGGCGAACUUGGAUGAGGCUAUAAAUCAAUGGUCUGGAUUUUUAGAUCAGGUUAAUGAUUUAAAACGAAAUAUUGAUUGGAUGGAAACCGAACUCAGCGGGUUUGUCGAGUUCCAGGCAACAAUGGCUGAUAAACGUGCCCAGCUAGAGCGCAUCAAGAAUACUGAAGAAAAAAUUCGUCUGGAAAAGAUCGAAAUCGAACCGUUGAAACAAAAAACAUCCGAAAUGGCGGCUUCAGGCCAACAAUCACAAGCCGCAGUGGCUGCACAGCAGAUUUUAGGAAAGUUUGACUAUUUGGCCGACAAAAUUAGCAAGGUUUUGACCGAUCGUGAAGACCAAUACCGUGACCAUCGUCUAUACAAAGAGGCGUACGAUGAUUUGUUGAACUGGAUUAGUCGCGCUCGAGAGAAACUUCCAUGCGUGAAGCAACAAUCGUUAAGUGAUAAACUAACGAUGGAUAGUGCGAUUGCACCUCUCGAUGCGUUAACAAAUAAGAAGGCACAAGGCGAGCUACUGGUUGAACAUUUGAUGCAUACUGGUGAAGUGGUAAUGGCUUCAACUUCUGAGCAAGGUAAGGAGGCAAUUCGAGGCGACAUUAAUGGUCUGAAAGCAAGUUUUGAAUCACUGUUUGGAGAUAUUGAAAAGCAGAAGCGAGAUCUCGAAAAAACGCUAAAUUUGCUGCGUGAAUAUAAGGAAGAGUAUGAGCGUCUCUCUGAAUGGCUUCAACAGGUGGAUAUUUUGGUGAAAAAUCACAAACUGGCAAUGUGCUCCAAUUUGGGUGAAAAGGAAAAACAAGUUCAAGAUAUGCGCGAGCUCAUUGGAAAGCUUGAAAAAGGUCAGGGAGAAAUCGAUAAAUUCAACAUGUUUGCCAAACCCCUUCUUCAGUCGCACCUUGAUACGUAUAUUGGUAACCAAUUGCGUCAUCUGAACUCUCGCUAUCAGGUACAAGUGAACCUAGCUAAGGAUGUUCUGAAGAAGGUAGAAACGAACUAUGAUCUGCAUCGCGAUUAUAAGGAUAAUUUGACUAAAGCUAAUGGUUGGAUUGAUAAUGCCAAAGAGAUCGUACGCUACUCUACAGAAAACGUGGAUAACGUUAGCAAGGACAACUUAGAGAAGCGCUUGCAGAAAAUAGUGGAGUUGAUCCAACAGCGUGAACAAGGCCAGCAGCUGGUCGAUGCAACAGUAAAUACCGGAGAAAAGGUAGUGAAGUGCACAAAAUCGGACGGAAAGGAAGUGAUCAAUACAGAAGUCAAGGAUAUUCAAACGAACUGGGACAGGCUGGUCAAGCGUAUGUCCACUGCCAAAGUACAGCUGGAGACAAACCUACUGCAGUGGGCCGACUACAGCUCGAGCUACAACCAUUUGCAACAGUGGAUUCAAGAUCGCGAAAAUAAAUUGCAACAAGUGUGCGAACAAAAAGUUGUCCGCUUUCGCUUGGGAGGUGCAUCGACUAGUUUGAGUAGUGGACUCAAUGAACGUCGAGCGAACCUUCGCCAAGCAAACGAUAUUGUACAGGAUAUUGUUAGUUUUGAACCGAUGAUCCAGUCCGUAGCUAGCAAAGCAUCUGAUCUGCGACAAACAUCACCUGCCUCGGAAAUAUCGAAUAAGUAUGAAACGCUUAGCAAGCAGGCAAGAGAACUAUUCGCAAAACAAAAAGAAACAGUUGAGCUACAUCAAGCGUUUAUCGAUGCAAGUAACGAGUUUGCUGCAUGGAUUCGCAACGCCAAGGAAUGCUUGAGCAAAUGCUCUGACUCACAUGGCGACAAAGAGACACUCAUUUCAAAGAUGACUCAAUUAAAAAUAUUAGACAACGAUGCUCUGGUUGGUCAAAAGAAGCUAGAGAAAGCGCUUGAACAGGCAGAAGUGGCCUGUCGUAAUGUAGAUGGCGACGAGGUAGAAGCAAUCGAGAAAGAGGUGGCCAUUCUACAAGAAGAGUUCGACAAUUAUUGCAUUGCCCUCAAAAAGAUCAGUGCUGCGCUGGAAAAUGGAAUUGUGCGAUGGACUGAAUAUGAUGAUCAGUACAGUGUUGCUCUGAAAUGGCUCGACAGUAUCGAACAGGAAGUGCAAAACUAUAACAAAAUGCAAGGUACUCUACAAGAAAAGAAGCGAGUCCUGGAAGAGUUCCAGGACAAGUUGCAAACAUUGUUUGACUGGCAACGCGAGCUUGAUAGUUUAAACAUGCGAGCUCAGGUUUUGCUAGAUAUCUGUGCCGAUACACGCAUCAGUAAUGGCGUAACGCAAUUGACUACCAAAUAUAAUGUGUUAUUAUCGAUUGCAAAAGAAAUCAUGCGUCGCUUGGAAUUGCACUAUCAGGAGCACCAGCAACACAAUACGUUAUAUGGAGAAUGCCAAGAUUGGCUCGACAGAAUGCGUGAGAAGUUAAACGAGUGCGAAACUGUGCCGAACACAAUAUCAGAAACUCAAUCCAAAUUAAAUAUCGUGAAAGGCAUUCGGCAAUCGUUGGAACAGGGUCAAAAUAAAUUGCGUUACUUAAUUGAGCUAAAAGAGAAGAUUGUUCUAAGCACGGAGACAAAUGGUGCGUCGAAGAUCGAAGAGGAUACUGAAAAUCUGAAAACAGAAUACGAAUCUCUCAUGGUAGACAUAACGGAAACACGCCAGCGCCUAACAAACCACCUUGCUCAACUCGAAGACAUCGGCAAGCUAUCACGCAUGCUAUCUGAAUGGAUUGAAGAAGUUCGAAGCAAGUUAGAAGCCGGAGAAACGAUGCAGUUUGAAUUGGCAGACAAACGUGUGUUGUUGGAAAAAUAUCGAGCCAUUCAUCGUGAAACCGGCAAUUACAACGAGGUAGUCGAGAAGAUGAAGUCCAAAAUAGCCGACAACACCAAAAUGGAUGCAGAAGAAAUGAACAAGAUUCUUUCCGAUUACGACCAAAUUGUUGCAAAAGUAUUGGAGAAUAUUGAGCGCCUGGAAAAUCAGGUUAACAACCACGAGCGGUUCAAGCAAGCUCUCACUGAACUGUAUGAAUGGAUGAAGACUACACGCCAGACUAUACAGCAAUCGUCAGACUUCCAUGGCGACAAGGAGCAUAUUGUUGGACGGAUUGAUAAGUUGAAACAAAUUGAACAAUCUUUUGCUGACGGAAAAGUGUUGCUCGGUAAUACUGUCGAUAAAGGUAACGCUUUAGUGACCAUCAGUGGGCCAGAAAGCCAGGCUUCGAUUAAGCAAGAAAUACUGCAAGCACGGGCAGAUUGGGACGAGCUUGAGGAGCUAGCAAGAAUAUCCCGACAGACGCUAAUGGAUUGCUUGACUUCAUGGGAUAGUUUCCUAGACAAAUCGAGCAAUCUCAGUUCCUUCCUAGAGGAGUACAAUGUGAGAGUCAAUGGAUAUGGAGCAAGUGAAGGAAACGACGAUCAAGGGGCUGUGCUCAAUGAACUUAAGCGCAUUCAUGAUUUGAUUUUGACGAGAAAAAGUACCAUUGAAGAAUUGAAUGAUAUUUGUGAGGCACUAAUGGAAAAGAGUGCUUGUUCGACAGUUCGAGAUCGUACGGUUGAUUUGCAAAAGAGCUACUCUACGCUGCUUGGAAAAGUUCAAGGAUUUAUAACUAAGUUGGAGAAAAAUCUCGUUAGUCAUACAGAGUUCUUGUACUAUAAAGAAGAAAUUAGCAAGUGGUUGAAUGAUGCCAAUGGAACGAUAAAAAAUUGUACUGAAGUAGUAGCGGAUGAUGUACUUGUUAUCAGACAGAAAGUGGUGCAGCUGCAAGGACUUUCAAAUUCAAUUCCACAAGGGCAAAAACUUUUCGAAAUGUUGCAAGAUUCGUUUACGAAAUCAUCCUAUCUUUAUCCGGAAGACAAGCAAACUGCAAUGUUUCAAGAUAUUUCUGAUAUUCGAGAUUCUCUGGAUACCGUUAUGAUCGGCAUCAGCUCUUCCUUGAAUAAUCUUAAUGCACAGGCUAGUCGCCUGGAGGCGUAUGAAGAGCUUAAGAAACGCAUCAGUGAAUGGCUUGCGACAACCGAAGGAUUAUUUGAAGCAAUCCCGGAAACACACGGCGAAAUGACUGAGGUUAAAACAGUGCUGGAGCGACUAAAACACGUUCAAACGGAGAUUUCGUUUAAACAAACGGACAUUGAAAGCUUGCAGCAGGAAGCAACCAACUUGUUCGAUACGGUCAAGUGCCCCGGAGAGAUAGAACGAGUAGCGGCCUUACAAGCACGUUGUACUAAGCUCAGCGAUAAGUGUUUGUAUCAAAUUCGCAAUCUGGAAACUGAAUUGGACGAUCAGAUGACGUACUACCAGAAUUUACAAGAAAUAGAGAAAUGGCUAUUGCAAAUUUCGUUCCAACUGAUGGCUCAUAACUCUUUGUACAUUUAUAAUCGAGAACAAACACUGGAACAGAUCGCACAACACGAAAAGUUACUAGAUGAAAUACAACGAUAUCAAGUUAAUAUCGAUGAUUUCAAAGCCAAAGGACAAAGUCAGAUAGAUCGGUAUAUUUUGAAGGCACCUGCUAUAAAAAGCCGUAUUGAAACGCAGAUGAAAAACAUUCGCGAUAGCUACAACUCUUUGUUGAACACGUCAGUGCAGAUAAAAAAUCGACUACACGAUUCUCUAAAAAAGUUUCAAGAGUACGAGGAUACGCUCGACGAUAUCAAUAAGCAGCUCGAUGAAAUGGAGCCUCGAGUGGCUGAGGAGAGAAUGUUAGAAGUAGUUGAUUACGCUAUGGGUCAAUCACAACUUGAGAAGGCGCAAAGCAUUCAUAACAAGAUGCAGGUUGAGAAGAGCCGUCUCAUAUUCGCUGUCCAGGCAUGCGAAGCGGCGACAGCAAGUAUCAGCAGGCCUAGCUCACCGAUGGACAACGUUUCACAAAUGGUUCCCGAGAAAGAGCUGAUAGUACGGGCAAGAUUGGAAGACCUUAUUGACGAUAUACAACAAUGGAUUAGUGAUUUGAAUACGUCUAUUGGGGAUUGCGAGCGCCAGCACAAGCAAAAAGUUGAGCUAGAAAACUGGAUUCAGAAACAGAAGGCAAUUGUUGCUGACUGGGCUACAAAACCGUGCAAAUUCCGGCCGGAAGCCGCGGAACAAGAAUUACGCGCCAUGCAAGAGCUCACGCGCACAAUUACUGUGAAGCGCGAUGAUUUGCAGGGAGAGACGGAUCAAGAUAGCCGAUUGCGAGAUGAGCUUGAGGCGUUGCAAACCAGCCUGAAAAAAGUAAUAGAUCGGAAGAAAGACGAUCAGCUGGCGAUUGAAAAAUACCGCAAGAACUAUGAAGAUGUUCAGGGCUGGCUCGAUGCUAUAACAAAUCAAAUUGAUAAUGUUGAGAAGGGCGGUGGGUUGAGCUGCAAGCAGAAGCUGGAGAAAAUAUCCAACAUUAAGCGUAUUCUGGAGAAUGAUUGUGAAAUGAUUUCAAACUUCAAGCGUAAUGGAGAAUAUAUUUUGCAGUUAGUGAGCAAUCUCGAUGCACAGCAAGUAACGGAGCAGAUGAAAUCCAUCGAUCGGCGCUAUAACGACAUUGCCAGACGUCUCAGCCGUCGGUUGGAUGUAAUCGAUGCAGCCAACAAAAUGUUUGGAAAGCUGAAAAGCGAUAUGAGUGAACUGUUUCAGUGGGUGGAAGAUAAAAACGGUAUGCUCGCAGUGCCCUAUCAGCUCGGUUCUGACACUAAAUCAGCUGAAAAUCAGCAGAAUGCUUUCAAAUCCCUACUGAAAGAAAUCGAAGGUAAACAAUCGUACGUUGAUACGUUGGGAAAGAGAUAUUCAAGCAUUCAAUCGGACCUGGAACCUAACGAGAAACAACAGCUUGAGACAGAAUUGCAGAAGCUGAUGAAAAGUGUUACCUUGCUUGGUGAUCGGGUGCGUGGAGAGUUAGAUAAAAUUGUGGAAGAUAUUCUUUGCCGGAAAAAUAUGCACAACAACUUAGAUGUGACGCGAGCAUGGAUAAAAACUAAGCAGAACGAUGUGAAUAAGAUUUCCGAUCAGAUUGCACUGUUAUCCAGCAACGUGAGUGCCGAGAUCAAGCUAUGCCAGCGCCAUGCGCAGACAAUACGAGAGUUUAAGGAUAACGCCUUCAGGGACGUAUCAAAACAGGUACGCGAAAUUAUGAAGGAUUGCAACGAUAAUGGUAAGGCUAAGCUGGCUCAAGAGUUUGGCGAUAUAGAAGCCAAGCUGAAUGAGCUGGAAGAAAGCUGCUCUCGUAAGAUUGACUUCAUGGAACGCGAAUAUGGAAAGCGACACGAUUUCGAGAUGCGUAAAGAUCGGGUUUGGAACUGGUUGAAUGAAGCCGAGUCCAUUGUAUCGGCUGAUAUACGUACGACCAGCUACGAAAUUUUGAACGAUCAAAAGCAAAAGUUUGAUAAGCUGUGUGGUGAGUGUGAAACCAUGAAAAGUGUUGUGAAGGAAGCAGAAGAUUUUAAGAGUGCUAUUCUACCCACGUUGAAUGAACUGGACAAGACUAACAUAAAUAAUCAGGUGAAAGUUAUGCGAGAAAAGUGGAACGGUAUAAAUAAUAUAUUGAGAGUGAAGAGCAAAAAGCUGGAGGAUCAUUUGAAUGAAUAUGAGAAUGCAAUUGCAAAGAUUAAGGCAUGUGCGGCGUAUAUUUUACAAGUGCAAGGAAAACUGAAGGAGAUGAAUCGUCCAGUAACCAGCAAGAUUGAGAACAUCCAGGAUUUUUUACUCGCGUAUGAGCAAAUAUUGGGCAGCCUAAAGGACAAGCGGCUUGAGAUGAGUAAGAUUCUGCUAACAAACUUACCACAACUGAGAGAAAACUCGACAAGAUUAGAAGAAAUGAUAAUGAGCAUCGAGGAACAACUUCGGCGUCUGAAGACAAUGUUGUUGCUGAAAGAGCAGUUCAUAGGGGCUAUCAACGAUAUAGUCAAGUUAAUUGCGAAGAUCAACACCGACUUUAAUACUGUCGAUAAUUUGAGCCCCACGGUAGAUGAACGGUUGUUACGUUAUGGUGAAAUUCUGCAAAAUAUUGAAGAAUGUGAAGGAUUGCUGGUGGCUGCCACGGACAAAGGACACCAGAUCGCUAGCGAUGGUACUGAUCUUGAUCGUCACAAUAUAAUGGACCAGAUUCAUUCAUUGCAACAGCAGCUAGCGUCGAUUAAGCGUUCGAUAGAGCUCGAGCAGGACAAAUAUCAGAAGCAACGGUUGUACCAUAAGACUCUGUCAAACGAUCUCUUUGCACUUGUUGACUGGUUUAAGGACAACGAUGAGCAUAUCAAAUCUCGUCCAUUGUUUGGACUAGAUUUAAAGGUGGCUGAUCAACAACACAGCGCUCAUAUUGCAUUGGCCGGCAAGGCAAACAUCAAUCUUAAAAUGAUUGACGACUUGAUGAGCAAGCUGGCAAACAGCGAUAGCAAGUUACCAGAGGAUUUGCAAGACUUGGUUGACCGUGCAUCAAUAUUGCAGAAAACAAUUCCGCAAGAGUUAGUGUCUCGAGAAUCCUAUCUUGUGCAGAAUAAGCAGUAUCGGCAAGAUUUCCGAGAUAGCAUAGAACGCGUAAAAAAAUGGCUUAUGGCAGCUGAGGAACGAUUCGAGAAAGUAAAAACCUUUACAUUUGACCAGGAGAAGAUAACAGUGAUGCUGAAAGAGCUGGAGGAUUUCCUGCAAAGCGAAGCAGAAAUAAAAAGCCUACUGUUCAAUGGCAUUCAGGAGCAGGCUGAUCGGUUUUGGAAUUCUUUGUGUGAGUUAGAUCAAAACCAGUGCCUUAGUGAAUUGCAACAGCUAAAGAAUCGUUUGAGUGAGGUGUCGCAUUGUGCUGCAGUUCAGCAGACGGAAUUGCUUUCUAAUGGCGAUUUAGUAAAAUCAUACAAGAAACAAUUAAAUGUGGUAACCAAUGUGCUAGUGAAAAGUAAGCUGGACGACAGCAUUCUGACUGUUCCAACACUCUCCGCCCGAAUUGAUCACAUAAAUAUAUUGCUCAACAUGCUGCAGGUGCAGCAGAACGAGCUCGAUAUCCUGAACGAACUAUCGCAAAAGAUAGUAGAACGUGCAGAUCAAUACAAUCGAGACCGAGUGCAGAACGAAAUCGCCGACACGAACCAUCAGUGGUCCAGCAACUCAAGCUUGUUGGAUAACCUGCGCGAAAAUCUUGUUCAGCUGCAGCAGCAGUGGGAUCAGCUCGAGAGCAUAUUGCAGGAGCUAGAGGUGAAAUCUAACCUACUGCUUGAGAAGGAUCGUGGGUUGGAUCUGGUGGUUCACUCAGCUGACCAGACUGAAUCAAAGAAGCACAUUGUUCAGAACUUGCUGGAAGACAAAUCCACCCUCGAUCAGCUGAACGCAAAGGCAAAUGCUCUUGCGAAAACACUCAUUAAAGCUUUGCGUGAACAGAAACUUUUGCCGCAAUCGCUGGAGGAAAAACUAACUCACUUAAACGACGUUAACGCACGACUUUCUGACAACCUGCUGAAGAAGGAACGUCAACUGAGAGACAUUUUAAGUGAGCUGCAUCAUUACCUGGAGCAGAUUGGGGAGCUAGCGCAGCGUGUCGAGUCAGUGCGUAAGGAUCUAACGCAGAUACACCCCUUCGACGAGCGGCUGUACCAGACAGAGCGCGCUCUCGGAGCGGUGAAGGAAGCAUCCGAGAAUUGCAGCGUGCAGCGGGAGGAUCUUCGUCGUCGAAUAAACGAAAAGUACCUACCCCUGCAGAAAUUCAUACCGUCGGAUCUAAAGGAAGGGCUAGCGCUGUUAGAUUGUUCGUUAACUUCGAUAAACGCAACAAUGGAAGACUACCAGACCGCGUACAAGAAGGCCAAGUUGAUCCGUACCGAUUACUUCACGGUUUACGAUCGCAUCAAAACGUGGAUUGAGAAUGCCGAGCUGACCAUCUCCAAUCACAGUAUCGAUCCGAGCGAGCUUAAGAGCAAGUUGGUAGUGCUGACUAACGAGUUCGCCGAUAUUCGCUUGGCGCACGAGCAGCUCGUUUUCAAUGGAAAUGAAAUUAUACGCCAUUGCGCAGAGACAAGCGAUCGUACGGCGACCAAAGCAAACAUGGAUCAGCUCGCGCAUGAACUAGAGAAAACGAUUGCACUGAUUGAUCAGAAGAACCAAACGGUUGAUCAAAUUUUGGGCAAUUGGGCCAACUUUAUGAGGCUUUAUCAAUCCGUUGUUGACUGGUCGAUCAAAAUUCGCGCUUUGCUGGAGCGUAAACUGCAGCUCAACACAUUGCACGAGGCACAACUCGCCUGUCAAAAUUACUCCAGCGCAGUUUCUAGUCUUACGGAAGUUUCACAGAAUUUGAGCGAAAUGAAUCACGAGUUCGAUAAAAUUAACGAAGUUUGCUCAACAGCCUACCUGAAGGGCAAACUACACGAUGCCGAAACGUUAAAAAUCGAUAUCGAAACAGUGCUGUUUGAAAGGAACCUGUUUCUUCAUGAAACGACAGAGGAAUGGCAGCAGUACGAGCGAAAGAUCGAGAGUGUGAAGGAGUGGGUAAAAGACUCGUAUCAAGCUUUGAAUUCGAGUGAACUGAAAAACAAGCCGCUACGGGAUCAGCUACGAAUUUCAGAGCAGAUGCUAGCAGAUAUUUCGGCCCAGAAGAUCAAGGUUAACAUGUCUCUAGAGAAGUUGCAGGUCCAUUUCCAUUCUGACAUCGUCUAUACGGACAACCCAAAUAUUGUGCACAGCGGUCGGGCUGUAAUCGGCGACCUGGAUAAGCUAAAUAUGGAUGUAUUCCAGACUACUCAGAACCUAGAUCAAGCCCUAGUGCAAAUCGAGGGUUGUCAAGCGGAAAUGCAGACAAUCCGGCAACGAAUCGUGCACGAGGAGCAACAACUUCGGAAUAUCUUGUCACCUUUGCAUCAGUCGAGCGAUAGUGAAAAGCACGAACAGGACUGUUCGAUGCCGUUUGAUUGGACCGUAGAGUGUUGCGAUCAGGAAGAAAUCUCGCCACCAUCUUCAACUCUACUGAUAGAUGCAAAGCCCGAUGCCAAUAUCCUAUUGACUCCGGAAAUCCCGCAAUCCUGCUCAACAACUAGUGCAAACAUAGUAGUCGUCACCUCUACCACGCAACCUUCAUCGUCCACGUGGGGUAAAACUGGAGACGGUGACGAUCUAACGUAUGCGGAAAUUGUUGCUGGUCUUCGUCAUCAGCGACAACGUCAGCAUGGUCAAAUGAAAUUUCAAAUUGAAAGCCGUACCGGAAACGACAACGUAACAAACAUUUCAAUCAACCCCUCUCAGGCACACAAUUCACGCCAAGUGCCGUCGAUUGCUAGCGAUAUGGUAGCAGCAGAGAUGCAACCAUCCUCUAGUGUGCCGACAUCAUCUUCAAUUUCUUCUAAGAAUGCCAGCAUUGUCCAUCGCCAAGCAGCCCGAUCAAUCGUUCAUUUGACGAGUGAUACCGGAACAGCGAAUACCGCCAACUUUGAUAAUGAUCGGCAAAAUGAAGCUCGUAUCUUUCGUGAACUACAGGACAUCUCUGCUAAAAUACCAAUUAACUCUGAUAGUACAAUCGGAACAGUGUCUUCUAGUGCCGUCAGCACGACUUCUAUAGUAGAAGUUGGCUCCACAAAGCCUCCAGCGGAAAGGAUAUCUACCCAUGUUCCACAGCAAGUGCCAACGAAAGUUACGGCUACCGUAACUGGAACAACAUCAGUUUGGUCUUUUGGAAAUAAAACCUACGCGGAUGUGCUAAAAGACAUUGCUGCAUCUAGCAAAAAUAUGCAGCAACAGCAGCUGCAACAUCAACAAGAAGCAAGAAGUGAAGAAUUUCCAAUGACAAGGCAAGAAUUAGUGACAAAAGAUGAACAGUCAGGUUUAGAUGUGAAAAUGGUGAUUGAAUCAUUAGACACAUCAUUUGAAAAAGGAACAGUCGAGAACGAUGGCGAUAAGCUAGCCGAACUGUCAUCGACAAUGACCGAAAAAGAAUCUUUGGCUACUGAAGGACUUUACUGUAUUUGGCAAAAUAGAGCAUGGCUGGAUCGUUCGCUUUACGGGAAGGCCGAAGAGAAUUACGUACUUAUUAAUGCUCACAAUAAUGAUAUAGGGAAUCAACGAACUGAAGAUAGUGCUCUUUACGUAAGCGAUUCAAAUCUUACACAUUUAGCUUCCUCCGUAACUGCAGCAGCAAAUGCAACCAUUACAACGACUAACAAUGUACUAACACCGAACCCUCAUGGUCCCCAAGAAGAGUUAUCCUUGCAGCAAACAGUGGCCGAUGCUAGCGAAAUACUCCCAAUCUUUUCUGAUCCAAAUCCCGAAAUUAAACCCACAAGUGACCCUCAAACUUCCUCUUCCUCUCCUUCUCCCCCAUCCUUCGAUCCUUCAUUAGGUUCAACGGACAGCGUAGAAUUAAGUAAACAAAAUGUGGCUGAAUGCACAAACAGUAAACAGGCACUAGCGCAAAGUGUGGAAAGUAUUCUGGACUCGCUGAUCAGCGCCGAACUAGAGAUGAACAAUCUACCGUACGAAAAUGUAAACGAUCUCAUCAAGGGCUUACAGAUUCUUGUAACAAAUUUAGCCGAGUACAAGCGACAAAAUUACACGAUAGCGAAAUCAUUACCGGAGAAUGCGGAUCGUAAUGUUCUUGCGGCAAUCGAACAAAUCGAUGAUAGGAUCGAUUCCUUACGACAAAGAGCGGAGAAUGGCCUCGAAAAGAUACAGGAAACUUUGAAGGAACGGGAGCAAAGGAAAUUGGAAAUUCGUAAUUAUCUCACGUUACUAGAGGAAAUCGAACAAUGGCUUUCCGCAACCAGCAUAUGCUUAACCGAAGUUACCGAAUGCAGUACGGAAGAAGAAGCCCGUCGGCGCAUGUAUGAAGAUAGUGCCAUUCUAAGUGAUCUGCGUGAAAAAGAAACCUAUUUGCAGAAAGUGUUGAAUAAGACAGAACCGUAUCUCGUGUACAAUGAUGUAAAAGAUCGUACAAUCACACUGCGAGAAAAUUUGACAGUUUUGAUACGCGUGCUACGCGAAAAAGCCCUUAUAUUAGAAAACAAUAUUUUAAGGUUGGCCAACCACCUGGAACCGACGACAGCGCAAGUGGAAAAGCAAACGGUAGAUAUAGAAAGCCAAACAAGUCCUAUGGCGUCGAUCAUAGCUGAAACUAUACCUGUGGACACUGCGCAGCAUGCCGUUCAGCCAGUUGUAUGUUUAAAUACACAAGAAUCAUCGAUUCAAACACAAGCAGCACCGGAGUACACUACUGACAACAUACUGAUCAUUCAAUCAGUUGCCAACGGUCUUGAAACUGUGCAAAUUUCAAACGUACCAUGUACCCACGGAAUAACUGGUAGGCAAACGGAGGAAUCUGUAGUGGUGGAGGCGAAAUAUACACAACCAGCGGAAGGAAAGGAAAGUGAUCGGUCAUCAGAGCUACUAUUGAAAAAUAUACCUACUCAAUUUGAAACAACUUUCACCGAACCGGACGACACUACUACGGAGAUCGUAGUGAAUCGGGAUGGUUCAAAGAAAAUCACUCUGCGCAAGGUGAUUCAACCAGCACAAUCGAUUGAAUCUACAAUUCCUGGAAAGGCCUCUAUUGUCACCUCGAUGGAUUUGACAUCACAGCUGCUAGAAUCUCGUGGAGUUGUUGACGAAGAUGAAUUAAUAGCUGAAGUUGAAGGAGGCGAUGUUGUGGUGACUGAAUCAGCCCUGUUCGCGAGCAAUAUGCCAGGGCAGUCGAGCUCCAUGGACCAAGUUGAUGAUAUAGAGCAACAGGUGAUUACGUCUGAGCCGGCUGUCGAACAGCAGCUGGAAGAUCCGUCACAGGUAUUCGAUUCCCAUGCUCAAAUCGCACCAGUAGAGUUGAUUGCUUCUAUUGUUGAAACACAAACUAGUACUAGUACCAUAUUAGACGCUGCUACAGAAGCUGUUGCUGACGUUAUCAACGAUGUUGUAACCAAUUCCUUAAGCCUUAACGAACCACUUACAGCCGGCGAGGAAUUAAGUGUACCGGAAACUAGAUCCCUAGAGCCUAUUGAUGACAUCUGGCCACCAGCCGAGCAUGUUGAAAAUGUCUUUGAGGAACCGAUAUCAAUGUCACCAGUAAGUACUGUUCCCAAAGAAGAAACCCAAACGACUCCCGCAAACCCAGAAAGCGAUGCGGCAGUAAACAUAUGGCCAACUAGUCCUGAACGUGGAUCGAGCUACAUCGAAAUUGAGCCGAAUAUAUUGAAAGACGAAACGAUACGUGGGUUUGCAGAGCAUAUAGUUCCCAUCGCGAUAGAAGUUGCUUCGAACGAAAAAAAAAGAAAUGAAAGCGCAGAAAUAGAAGUGCCAAUAGUGGUUGAAGGAUUGAUAGAAGGAACACCUACUUGGUCCCAGCCAGUGUUCGUCCCCGUUGAAAUUUCGCACGAUACGCCUAAAGAACAAUCGAAUGAUGAAGUUGUAACAACUGAGUUUGGUCAAAUAGAACAUACACAACCAGAAAUUAAACCAGAUCAAAACGUGCAUGAAUUGCCUAUUGGGAUUUCUCAGUCUGUCAUCGAAACAGCAAUUACACGGACUACAGAUACGAUUCAAGCCACGGAAAAUAUUCAAUCAAAUUUGCAAACAGUAAUAUCCAAAACUAUGCCUAUGGAUAAAAAUAUUGAAUUAUCUUCACAAGAAUUAAUAGACGUUGAGACUGCAGAAAGAGACCUUACAGAAUCAUUUGAUGUUGAAGAAGAAACUCAAGUAACAACGAUUAUCCAGCGGGUUGCAGUAGAAGCUGCAAACACAAAUAAAAAAGAUCCCAAUAGCCCUACUGAAGCUAUUGCUGAGCAAGAGUUAGUACAACGUGAUGAAGAUUAUACAGAUUUUGACACAAUGAAGCCCCCUAACAAUGAUGAAAGGAACUUCGAAGUUCAGGUAGCAUCGAUUGGAGAAAACCAAAGCUCAUCGCUAAAAGUUUCAAUGAGUGUUGAUCCUGCUGAAACGAAAAAAAUUAGCGUUAGCUUGAUCGAAGUUAAAACAACAUCGGAAACGUCUGUCUCUCAUGGCAAAGAGCCGUUUGCGCAGGUAAUGCAAAUCUUUGAUGUUCCCGAAUUGAACAUUGGCGAAAUCGAUCCAGGAUAUGAGGCUGAUAAAACAACUGCUGAAGGGGAAGUCGAAGAAGACGAAAAAAGCAAAAAGAAACGUCGAAAGAAAAAGAAGGGGAAGAACGAAAAUGAAAAGGCUAUUAACACUGAUCAAUUACCCGUGCAAGAUGUAUGCAGGGAUACUGAGAGUAAAAAUCCGUCGGCUGACGGUUGGUCAGAAGCGCAACAAUCGGAACAGCGAUUUGAUUCGUAUCAAAGUUUUACAGAGGCAGACCAGCCUGAAGUUAACACUAUUAAUAUAAUAGAAGAAGUUAUAGAACCAGAAACCAUAGAGAUUCCGAUAAACAUACAAGAGCAAAUCAUAAUACCCACUGAGGUGGUAGAGGCGAUUUAUAUUGAAGAUGUUCAACAGCAAACAACGCCUGUGGAAUUUGCAACAGGGCAAGUAGAUAAAGAAAAGGAAUCCAUCGAUAUAGAAGUGGAAAAGAUUACUUCUGAACGAUUAUUGGUGCCAAUCGAUUUGGAACAAAGAUCAAUGCAGACGUCGCCCGAACCUGAAAUUCAGUAUUUUUCACAACAAACUUCUCCGUUAGUUGUCGAUCAACAGGAACUCAAUAUUGAUCAAGAUACAAAGGAAAUACAAACAAUUACUGUCGAAGCGAUGGAAAUAGAAACUCAAACAUCACAGCCGCCUUCGUUAGUCCCACAAGAAGCUCAAACAGAUGUACUUGAUAAUAUAGCACCGGCCAUUCGUGAAACAGAUACCGCCGAUAGUGGCAACCAGACGGCUUCUAUCGAAACAAAAGAAAUGCAAUUGCAGGUAGAAAAUACGGAGGAAAUUGUAGGCCCUAUUUUGGGACAGAUAGUGAAAGAAGUAAUUGAUCCAGCAACUCUAUUCAAACUACAAUCUGUGCAGACUAGUCCAGUGCACUUUGUUGAUAGUAGUGCCGUAACAGAAAUAUUGUCUGAGAUACAAACAUUGGAUGAGAGUGCUCAAACUAUUCCUCCUGAAGUGAGUGACGCAUUCGUUGAAACGGAUGUCAUUCGCGUUGAAGAUCGAGGACAUUCUCCGUCCAUGGAAACACGAUUGGAGGCGGAAAAACUAUCUUUAGCUACGCCCCACGGUACAACCACUGACACUGCUAUCCAAACAAGCCCUUCACAUGUUGCAGAAAUAGAUGCGUUGGUGAAAGUAAACAUUAAUGAACAUGAUGAUGUUUUGAGCCAAACAGUACCGCAGAAUGAACCUACAAUUACAGAUGAUGACUUGCCAUCUACACAGAUGGCAACUGUGGAAUCGUACGCAACGGCAAGCGCUUCAGUAGUUGUUACCGAAUUAUGUGAAACUCUCGCCACCAGUGCAGAAGCUAAAGAAGAUCAGUACGGUGUAUCGCAAGACCAAAAAGCAAUGCAAGUGAAUAACGAUAAAGACAGUACUAAGCAUUCUAAGAAGAAAAAGUCGAAGAAAUCUAAGGAAAGAUCAAUACCAAUUGAAGUGGAAGUGAAUGCGCAGAUGAAUGUAGCUGGUAUGUCUGGUUCAAUGCUUCCGGUAUCGAUUGGAAGUGAUUCAGUGACCGUGAUGAAAAGUAUCAUUACCGAAGGCAAAGAGACCGAUCCACAAACGGAUGUUGGAUUGAACAUUCAAGUAAAUAUUGAUCCUGUAUUCGGAACGAUAGUCCAAGACCAGGUGGCAACUCAAAGAACCCUACCGGAAAUAAUUAGUUGCCCUAUCAACGAAAGUUUAAAUCCUUCGCAAUCUCAAAACCUACAGUUGAAUUUGUCUGACUAUUUUUCGAUAUUGAAAGCCCAGCAAAACUAUGCUGAGAAACGAAUGAUUCCUUGGCAGGACAUCAAUCAAAUGUUUGCCUAUAUCAAAUUUUCUUCAAACCCUUUUGAAAUCGAAAGUGGUCAUGGCCAUGAUCAUUAUUCUGUUAUGUCAUUGGGUACGACUGCUGUAACUGUAGAAGAAGAAGAAGUUGCUACUACGAAUGAUGACCUGAAUCAUGUAAUACGAUUAUUGCAACAGCAUGAAAAUGAACCUCUAAUACAGCAACAACUGUUGUUCGAUGUCGUAGAAAAUGUUGUAAAAUCACUGGAAGAGUUGAAUGCCGGAAUGAAUAUACCCCAGCCGAAUGAAAACGACGAAACUAACCUACUAGUUCGAGCAAGGUUGCAUCGUAUGUACAAACUACGAUUGAUUCGUAUUGAAGAACAAAUUGUAAGAAUCAUCGCAUACGUCCAAAGUGCUCAUUCCGGACUUAGUAAGGAAAUUGAUGAGUGUCUAAAUCAUCUGCUACGACAAGUAAAGUCUUUAGAACAGUGCGUUGUAGAUGAUGAGAAAAGAAGCGAUGAAAUGCAUACCAACAUGUGCAGGAUCAACGAAACGAUUCGCGACGUGAGGAACCGACUAGACACGAACGAGCACAACUUCCAAGAACUCGUUGCAAACGAUACGCUGGCAAUAGUGAGUAAAAUUUGUAAAUUGGAUGAAAUUGACACAAGUCGUCGAUUUGUACAAAACAUGCUUAUAACGAUUACAAACGAGUACAGUGGAAUAGAAUUGAAAUCUGUAGGAAAUACUAAGACAGCGAAUGAACUGGCACAAUUAGCUCAUCAGCUACGUCAUAUGGAGAACGAACUCGUACUGGAGCGAAACAAACUAUUACAGCUAAGAAGUUUAGCAGAUGAGUAUGAACAGACUUUGCUCGAAUUUCAGGAGAUAACAGGAGCUGCAGAGAUAUUCAUUGAAAAUGAAAUCGUUACCAAUUCGUUGGAGGAGUUGCAGGAAGAAAUGCAGCGUUAUCGCAAAUUUUUUGUGAAUUUGAACCAUUGCAAAGCGAUUUUGGAAUCAUUGGAGACAAAUUUGGAUCCUCUAACUCGACAAAGACAUUCUGAACUGCAUUCUGCUCUUUACAACCGGACGAAAGUGAUUUUGGAACGAGCAGUUGACAGGGCCGGAAAACUUGCACUUGCAGCGUCUCGUUGGACUGUGUUGGAGAAGGAAAUGAUCGCUGAGAAACAGUGGUUACAGGUGGCACAGCAGCGCGUCCCGGAUUUGAGUAAUGUUUCAUCACAAGACUUUGAGCGAUACAUCACCAUGUACGAAUCUUUGGACCAAGACAUAACAAACCAUCUAGCAAAGAUGCGAUCGCAUAACGAAACAGCACGACGUAUGCAAGAGCUCAUCUCGGCACCAAUUAUCGAAAAAGAAAGCAACGAUGCACUGGUUGUAGCAAUGGAACUUCGAGAACAAGUUGCAUUGUACUUGAGCUUGUUGACCACGUUCAAAACGCACUGGACCCGGUACAAUUUACACGCGGACCGGCUAGGAGACUGGUUGGAUCUGAGUCAAUCCAAGUUGGCAUGCAUUAACGUCGUUAAUAAUUUAUCAGAAACAUCGGUAGAUGAUAUGCGUACAUUCUGGGAAAUAAAGGCCCAGUAUGAGGUUCUCAAUAACAAAGUAUACAACAGUGGUUGUGAUACGUUCGCUCAGGCACUCAGUUCGAUCCCGGUCACAGACGAGCAUUUGCAGCGACAGUUGCAUGGUCAACUUCUCGACAAUUGGUUUGCCGUGUCUAGUCGGAUCGAGGAGAUUCAACGUGAAAUAGCGGAAUCAAUGAAGACCAAAGAUACAUCUCCCGACGAUAAGCUUGCGUUCAUUGAAUUAGAAUUGCAGGAAAUUUCCCGUGAAUUCGACGGUGGGAAGACGGUGUUGAAAUGUCAGGAAGAUCUGUACAUAUAUAUCGAAAAAAUGCAAACUCUAAAAACACGAAUACAGCUUAUCGAUACUGAGCUUGUUGGUCAAUUUGCUCUAGCUCUUGACUGCGAUACAGACAAAGUGAGUGAUAUUUUCAAAGCAUCGCGCAAUUUGUCACAACAGAUAUCAGAAGAACUCGAUGCAGCGGAGAUCUUCUACAAACGCCUGGAAGACAUCGAACAGGGCAUAAAAACGCAAGAGCAACAAUUGACGGAUAUUGCAAGCACACUGGAUAGGUGCAGCAGCAGCGUGAACGGAAAACGAUCAGCUGUAGAGCAGGCUCUGGGUGAAUGCAAGGACUGCCAGGAGGCAUUGAGUCCAUGCUGGAGUGAGAUUAUGCGCCUCCGGCAAAUGUUGCAUACACUGCCGAUGAACCUGAAGGUGUCAGUAUCGCCAUUGCAAACGGAGCGUGAUCUUUCGAUGUUGCAAAACGUACACAGUGAACUAGAACAUCGAUCGGACGACGUGUUGACAUUGUUACGCAACCGACUGGCCUUGUGGAAUAAAUUCCAUAAGCAGCUGGACAUGAUUCAAGAACACGUACAAGAGACAGAGUUUAUGAUGGAACUUCUACAGCUGCAAGAAAGUGCUGACUACAUGCGGCUGCUGAAAGCUACUGAGCGCCUGGAUACAUUACUUUCAGAUAUAGAAAGUAGAAAGGGGAUGGUUGAAGAUCUUCAGAUAAUUGCCCAACCAUUGGUCGAAUCGUCCGAUGAAUGUGUGUCUGUUGAGAUUCAAGAAACUGUUCAACAAAUAAGCAUCGUUUGGGAAAACACGCGCGGAAACUUGCGCGAUUUAUGCGAACGUUAUGAAAAAGCGGUUAAACUUUGGCAGCAUUAUCACGAUGUUUGCGAAACCGUGAAAGAUUGGGUAUGCCACGAAUAUACCGAUUACGACGAAUUGCAUCGUUUCGAUGAUCUUCCUCAAGUUGAAGUGUACCAACAAGCGCUGCAGGAGCAGCGCAAGGAAGUAGAUAAGCUGCGUAAGCUUAUCGAAGACAUCAACGAACAGGUUGGCUUCAGCAUUGGCGAUACAUUGCUUACGGAGAUAGAUGAGUGUAGUAAAAAGCUUGAGGACAUUGAAAACAAUGUGGCCGAGCAACGAAUCAAAAUUCAUGCACGAGAUGUAGUGCGAGUAGAAAACGCUAGUGUUGUGCAAUCUUCUCGAACCCUGAUGGAACACGUUCAAGAGAAACUACAAAAAUCCUCUCAUUCUCAGCGACAUGUUGAUGAAAAUUUGUAUGAUAAAAUCGUGGAUCUUCGAUCUUAUAUGUUGAGUUUGUGUGGCACAAUCGCACGGCUUAAAGAUAUUCAUAGAGCAACCAGCGAAAAGGAUCAGGCAGACGACAAUGGCAACUUAAAAAAUCUACAUUCAAUUUCUCAAAACCUACUGCAGGAUACGUUCCAGCAAUACCAAGAGCUUGUACAGCAGUUGGUCGUACACUCUGAGAAUGAUCAACGAUUGCUUGAUUUCUGGCAAGAGUAUUUACAAUAUGUGCAAACAUUCCUUUCCGAGUCAAUACCUAGUGACUAUGGUCAGCUUCGGGCGUAUCGUGAGCAGUGUCAGCUAAUCAAAAUGCUGCUGAUAAGUCUGCGUAAGUUAUUGCUGCAGAAAAAAAAGAUCGAUGUACGGCUAGUAGAACGCUUCAAUGAACUGAACCAAUUGCACAAUGAUCGGAUCGAUCGAUUCGCGGAACGCGUCACAGAGAUCGACAAUCGACUUUGGCAUUGGGAAAAGUUCCGUGCAAUCGGAGGAAAAUUGUACGAAUCUUUGGCGAACAUCGAGCGAGAUAAAUUCACUCUGCAGCUUGAGUAUAUCAACUUGAAGGAAUUGCCCAAGCUGAUAGGAAAGGUAAAUGGGUUGCUUGAACAGUUUCCACGAUUGGAAGCUGAUAUGAACCUAAUGAGCCAAGAACUUUCACAAUUGAUGCUUUAUACUAAAGAUGAGUGCACGUUGGUCGGAAUGACAAGUGAACAUGGAAAAAUUGCAGAAAAAAUAACGAAAUUGCAAGAUAAUGUUGAAACGUGGAAAAACUUCUUGUUUGGUAUUAAUGAGCUGUAUGGACGUUUCACUAAAAGAUCGUAUGAUGUGCAAGGUAGCUUACAUGAACUGCAAGAAUGUCUUGAUGAACUCGAGGCUGAUCCACUGGAAAUUAGUAGCUCAGGAAUGGACCACCGAUUAAGUGAUGUGCAAGCGAGGAUGAACCUUAUGAAAAACCAUCACGUUCGGUUGAACACUGUCCGCACAAUGCUGGAUGAGGUGAGACAAUUACAAGAAGAAUUAAAGACUUGCAUUAGUAUGUUUGAUGUGAAACGGCUACAUAAACGAGUUUGGAUGUUGUGGCAGCUAUACAACAAAUUAGACCACCGUAUCGUGGUUCUGGUGAAACGUACAGAAGACGCUACACGCAAUAGAAAAUUGUUUAUGGAACACUAUCAUUCACUUCUAGAAUGGAUGCAAGCAUUUGAGUAUAAACUGAACAAUUCAAACAAAUACGAAUCAUGCUCGGAAGAUCAAGAGUUUAUACGUAGAGUAGAGGGAAUGUUGAAGCAGGAGUUAGGACUAAAGGAAUGUGAGAAGGACUGGUUGACGACGAUGGGAAAGGAGCUUCUUGCUCAUAGCAUGACGUCAGACGAACAUAGCGAAAUUAUGAACCUAUUGGAGAAACUACACGCACAGUGGGACUAUUUGACCAGACUAUGCAAAAGUCGAUCGCAGAAAAUAUCUGAAAUCGAAGCAACUGUACGCACGCUGGAAGAACGAAUUAGAGAGAUAAAGGCGUGGAUGGUCACAAUCGAGUGUGAACUGCGGUCUCCUUUUGUAGUAGACAGUUUAGAGAAGACCAACUUGGACAGAUUGCUGGAUGACUACGAGAAGCUGCAACGAUCGAUUGAAGGCAAUAGCGGGAAUGUAGCGGAAGUGCUAAACUUAUGUGAGAUGCUCUUCAAGGACGUGCAAUCCUGGAACGUGCACAUCAACCGACGCAGUAUUCAAAGCGAUGCGGCGGACCUGGACUGGCGAUGGAAGAAUGUUUGCAUGGAAUCAGGUCGCCGAAAGCAGGAUUUGUUAGCGUUGUGGAACAUGUUGCUUGAAUUACAGAAGAUUGUAGAGACAUACCAGAAAUGGGUGCACGAGCAAGAUGUUUACAUUCAAGGAUUAGAGCAAUCAUUACCCUGCUUUGACGUGGAACGAAUGACAAAAGAGCUGGAAACCAUUGAUAUAAAAUUAGAUGAAAUCUUGGAAUUGGAGCCGAUUCAAGGCCUUAUGCGAAGGCUCUUCAUAUCUCUCUCCCAUAACGAUCGCAUGUCAAAUGAAGGGCUUCGCCUAAUAACUGCAACAGCUCACCGAAUGAUUAUUGUUUGGGAGCAGUUAGAUGUAAGGAUGCGUUCUUUACGUACUGAUUUGGAAUGCUACAGGUCACAGUAUCGGUCGUUCAUUGUUGAAUAUGAGCGCAUUAUCUUGGCACUAACGCAGAUCGACGUACAAGUAACACAAAUUGAGCACGUUCCGUCUGGAGAUCAAGCAGGAGGUUUAACUACAAUCCACAUUUCACGUCUACGAGAAUUGCACGACGAGCUAUUGCUCGUGGUGAAUUUAUUCGAAGAAGAAGACACCUUAGGAGCUCGGCUAAUAGAACGACAUUCUGCCAAUAAUACUAUGACGGAAAAUCUUCGUCAGAAAAUGGAUGAGUAUCAUCAGUUAGGUAAUAGCAUCAAAGAUCGCCUUGAUGCAUUAUUAAGCCAUACUUCCAAAGCUUUCGAAACACAACACGAGAAGGAAGUCGCAGUGCAGGUGAACACAUUAAGCCUAGAAAGGAGUGAAUCCAUCACGGCAAAGGAUGCGUACCGCUAUCAGCUAGAGACUGCUCUCUCCGAAACAAGUGUGAACUUACGAAAGUUGCAGGAGGCGAUUGACGCCAUUAAUGCGAACAACUUCAUGUCUUCGGUACAAACUGUGUCGAAGGCAUCCGCGGCAUGUGAAUCGUCGAUUGAGUUGAUCAAACAUCUCAACAUACUACUUAUUGCCGAAUGCCAGGCCACAGAGCAGGAGGCAUUUGGCGCUCGUGUAAGUGAAGAAACAAGGCGAUAUGAUCAUUUAUUGCUGGAGUGGAAGGAGAAACAGGAACAGCUGGAAGAAGCAAGGAUCAUUCCUAAUGCUUACAAUUUUAACUGCAUACACAAUGCGGACUACCUGACCUGCCCAUUGUGUACGAACCGAAACUGGCAGCAAAUAGACAACGAUCUCUGGCGAUUGGAGCAAUGGCUGGCAAUGGCGGAAUCAACACAACGAAAUCAACUAGCCAGUCCUCCAUCCGACAUUGACGCGCUCGAAGACACGAUCCAAGAUCACCGGGAGUUCCUACUCGAUCUGGACAGUCACAAGAGCAUAAUCAAAUCAUUAAACAUUGUCGGUGAACAUCUGGCGACACACACACGUGAUACGGCGAGGGCGAUGAAAUUACGUGAAAGACUUCUCAAAAACAAUCGGCGCUGGGAUGAAGUCUGUAGCAGUGCGUCCCGUUGGCAAUCGUCCUUGAAUAGCGCCCUGAUGGAAAACCGCGAAUUCCAUCGAACCAUAGCGGAGCUGAGCGGCUGGUUGGAGCAGACGGAAAACAAAAUAAAGUGCUCGGAACCUAUCGAUCUCACAAGCGAUCAACGACUGGUCGAGAAAAAAUACAGAAUGUUCCGGGAGCUGCGAGCGGAUCUGAUGCGCUGUGAACCACGAGUGGUUAGCUUGCAAGAAACAACGUCCCAACUGACGAAGUACGUGGACGCCAGUAAAUCGGAGAAAUUCGACGAAGUGUACGCAAAGCUAACUGACCUUCGGUUGCGUUUCCACUCGAUUCGACGUUUGGUGGAAAUGUAUAUCAUUAAGAUAGGUGCGGCCUUGGGUUACGACAGUAGUACCAGCCUUGCAGAAGUUCCUGCAUCCUCCUCGACAUCACUCGCAUCUAUCGACCGCCAACAGACCCGACGUAGACAACCUCACGAGCAGCAGGAGUUGAGAACUUAUCUUGCCACCACCACCACCUACCACCACCACCACCCACCACCACCACUAUAUAUCUCCAAUUUUCACCGACCACGAACAACGAAGCCUUCGUCGGCGGCGGGUCAAUUUUUUGUUGCACAAACUGUGUCAAGCCUUCAACGAGAUGGUAGCGGAUCGCAAAACCUUCCAUCACUAGCAUCGGCACAUGAUUCCAGUACAAACAUUGGCACAGGCGAAGCAGAAGCGGAGGACGAUGUUAUCAACACCACAGUACUCACGCGAAGCUAUCGUUUCUUGGGUCGUGUCAUUCGUGCUUCCCUGCCAAUCCAAGCGAUGUUGUUAUUACUGCUCGGUGUGGUCACUCUCAUGCCCCACGGUGAAGAAUACUCCUGUUCACUAGCCAACAACUUUGCUCGAAGCCUGGAACCGAUGCUACGUUAUCCGAACGGACCGCCACCAAUCUAGCAACCAGAACGCUUAUUUCCAACUAACCCACUACCUUAUCCUACCCUAUUCAUACCUUUACACGGGUGUAAUCGCUUUCUUAGCUGAAAUAUGUUGGGAUAGUUCUUUGUACACGCAAGUAAUAUAAUGUGUUAAUGCACACGUGUAAGAUAUGAAUCAUUCGUUUUCAGAGCAAUAGAUCCAAGGUAUACAUUACUCCAACGACAUCUAUAAAAGAUGAUACGAUAUAUCGUUAAGGUUCUAACAACUAUCAUGUAUCUUCUGUAAUACUUACUUUUCUUUUAUAGGUUUACUGUACAGAUGAGUAAAAACGUAUUGAAUUUAAUGGUAAUCAUAUGUUAAGUUGGUUAUUUGUGAAAUUUUAUAUUUGACAGAAUAAUUCCGAACUCUCAAAGAUACAAAUACGGAUCGUGAUAUUAUUUCAAAAGUAUAAUAAAAUGUACCCACAAAAGCAAAUAA